AUGAAGUGCUUUGUUUGUCUUCUGUUGAUCAUCUAUCUAUUAAUUGGUAAAAAAGCUGCAAAAGCAGACUGCAGAAAAAGCAUGAAACUGUUAGGAUCAAAUGACCAAUACCAAUGCAACUGCAAAGAUCGUACCUUCUGUGAUUUUAGAAACAAUGGAAAAUGCACAAAUUCAAUAUGCAGAUCUGGUUAUGGAGGACUGUUCUGCCAAAAGAUUCAUUAUCAUAAAUAUCUAAGGAGAAAUAAAUUUCAAUCACAGAAUAUCUUCACAAGUAAUACCAAAGAAAUAAUCAACUCAUUGAAUAUCACUUUCAUAUAUAAAUACAGGAUUCAUUUAAUAAAAAUCAAUUGUCAAUCUUUAGUUUCAGCAGCAACAAUCACUUUGUCGAUUGGUUUGACAAAAUUUUGUGAAAAGAAAUGCCAACAAAUUACAGAGUGCCAAGGUGAUGCUAAUGGAGAAUAUUUGUUGAUCCAAACUACAGACAAAAUUUCACUUUCAAACCUGAAAGUUUUAGGAUGUUCAUCCUUUUGGUUUGGAGAAAAUUGUGAUAAAAAAUGUCGCUGUGCCAAUAAUAGUGAAUGCCAUAUGAUGACAGGGAACUGUCCCAUGGGCUGUGAAAGUGGAAGAAGUGGUUCUGACUGCCAAAAAUUAAAUUAUGAAAAUGUGGCUUUGAAGAAGACAGCAUUACAAAGUUCAACUUAUUUUCCCCAUAUUCCUAUAAAUAAUACCUGCAAGUUCAAUUUUACUGCCAGUUUGGCUGUGGAUGGCAACAACAACCAACAAUAUGAACGAAUCUUGUGUGCACAGACACAAAUUGAAAACAAUCCAAAAUGGAAAGUUGACCUUGGAAAAAAAUACAAUAUUUCACAGAUGAGGAUAUAUAACAAUAAAAACUAUUGGUAUCUUUCAGAAGCUGAAAUAAAAGUUGACAAUCAAUUUUGUAAUUAUGUAGAAGUUGCUAGGAAAAUUAUUGAUAUUAAAUGCAGCAAAAUUCUCUUUGGAAGAACAAUUGAAAUAACAAAAAAAAAAGGCAGAUUAAACAUUUGUGAAGUUGAAGUCUUGCAAUGUUUACAUGGGUUCUAUGGAAAAAGAUGUAAUAAUAGCUGUCCAGAGUGUAAAAAUUCAUCAUGUGACCAGUGGACUGGACAAUGUCUGUUAGGCUGUGCACUUGGAUACCAGCAACAUUUCAAUAAAACUUGUACAGUUUGUCCAGUUGGCACUUUUGGAGAAAGAUGUUCUCAGAUUUGUCACUGUAGAAAUAAGAAGAAUUGUAAUAAAGAAAACAGAACUUGUAUAACUGAAGAAUUUGAAAGAGGCUACAAAGACCAAAAAUGUCAGCAAUUUACUUUCUUUAUCAUAAUUUCUACUGCCGUCGGUGUGGUUAUCAUCUGUGUAGGCUGCUUUAUAUAUUUCAAGUAA